CUGGGAGCCGGGCGGGGAAACUUCGGGAGGAGCCGGGACGGCGGGUUGAGCGGCGGCCGCAGCUGCAGCAGGACGGCCCGCGGGCGGCUCGGGGCCGCUCGCCGGGAACCUCGCGGGGCGGCCGGGCGCCGCACCCCGUGCCUGUCUGGCUGCGCCCCGGGAAGGCCGCCGGCGCGCGACGGCACCAGCAGCAUGAGCAGCGGCUACAGCAGCCUGGAGGAGGACGCCGAGGACUUCUUCUUCACCGCCAGGACCUCCUUCUUCAGGAGAGCGCCCCAGGGCAAGCCCCGCGCCGGCCAGCAAGAUGUGGAGAAAGAGAAGGAAACUCACAGUUACCUCAGUAAAGAGGAAAUCAAAGAGAAGGUUCACAAGUACAACUUAGCUGUCACAGACAAGUUGAAGAUGACCUUGAAUUCAAAUGGGAUUUACACUGGCUUCAUUAAAGUGCAGAUGGAACUCUGCAAACCUUCACAGGCUUCUCCCAGCCCUGGGAAACUCGCUCCUAGUAGCAACGGCUGCAUGAACACACUUCAUAUCAGCAGCACAAACACCGUGGGAGAAGUGAUCGAGGCCUUGCUCAAAAAGUUUCUUGUGACAGAGAGCCCAGCCAAAUUUGCACUUUAUAAGCGCUGCCACAAGGAAGACCAAGUCUACGCCUGUAAACUCUCAGACCGGGAGCACCCUCUCUACCUGCGUCUGGUGGCAGGACCCAGAACAGACACACUUAGUUUUGUUCUUCGAGAACAUGAAAUUGGAGAGUGGGAAGCCUUCAGUCUUCCAGAACUGCAGAAUUUCUUGCGCAUCUUAGACAAGGAAGAGGACGAGCAGCUGCAGAACCUAAAGAGACGCUACACAGCGUACAGACACAAGCUGGAGGAAGCUCUCGGCGAGGCGUGGAAGCCUGGUUAACACGCCAGGCCUCCCUCCAGAAGGAAGGCUCCGCCCAGGACACAUGUACAAAAAAGAGCAGCAAGUGCCUCUCUCCUCAGAGAGCUGGGUCUUUGCCCAUGAUGCUAGAGUCUUCCCUUCUCUCUAGGUGUAGUUCCCAAAACCUGGCCACUCAGCAUCCACUUCUGCAUCUCUGGUUGGGGACUGCGAGCUUGUUUGGUUACAGCAUGGCGAUGUGUGCCUCUUGCGUACAAGCUGUGAACCUGUAGUCACCAGGAACAUUCUAGAGUGAGGGAAGCAUGAACUCUGGGUUGAGUUUUCCUUAUUUUCCUAUAGCUAUUUUCAUUCUGUGGUGGUGAUGUUAAGUGUUAAGGGUGUGCAAAUGACUAUUGAAAAGCUUAACAAGGAAUCUCUCAGAAUACUUGUCCGAUGUUGAAACUACCUGUCUGUUCUGUUUGCUAACUAUCAGAGGAGUCUCUUAUGUGAACUGCAAAGCACAGGAAUGUAGGAAAGCUGGGGAGGGUUUUCUAGGAGUUUGACAAAAGAAAGUAAAGAGCAAGUUUGGAAGAAGGCAUGAGGAGGUAAGGAUGAAUGGAAGUGGUAUGGCUAAAAGUUGGUGGUAGAGGAAGAAAGUGUAUUUGCUUGUAAAUGAGUUAAAAAUGUUCAGAAUUGAGAUGUUAAACCCAUUUUAGGAUUGCUUGAUUUUUCUGGUAGGUGAAAUAAGGAGUCACAGCCAAAGAGCUAGGAGCUCAACCCAAAGGAGGGAAGGACCCAUGAACUCUGCAGUUGACUGCAGAGUCAGAUAGGGAUCUGAGACUUUCAGUGGAGGUAGACCUGACAUGAGCUCUUGUAGCUCCACCCUUAGAUCCUUGACUCUGCCCUCUUGUACUGGACGGUCUAAUGGGUAUAGCAUCCAUGUAGGUAGGGCUUGACCAUUUGAUGACUCCUGUCAAGUUAUAUAGAUUUCUCCCCCCCUUCCCCAAAGUUGCCUUCAAAGUUGAAAGGGAGUUUGGGUAAAGGCAGCUCUUUCCACCCUUGUUAGCUACGAGAUUUAUUGAAUCCAGGACUCAGAGCGAACUUGUGUGACAAUCAUUCUCUUCCGUUUUAUUCCAUCUUACCUUUUACCUGGUCUUCCCUUUUUCUUUUUCCAUCCCUUCUCUCCCUGUCUCUCUCUCUUGUUUCCUCUCCUUUUCUGUUAAAUCUGGAGUCUGUUCUCAUAUGCUGGUUCAAGGCCCAGUACUCCCACAUCCUCAGUUCUAAUGGACUUGACUGAGUAGGAAGCCCCAAGGGAGGAAGAGAGGCCACCUCAGGCAUUUGUUACCGACAUUAUUUUAAUGCAAGUGCAUGUUCUUCCAACCAAAGAAAUGUGUGUGCAAUAGAAGCAAGCCUUCCUUAAAACAGAUACAGUCACCUCCUUUUCUGCAGCUACUUACAAAUCUGAGGAUACAGGGCAAGAUGUGCUAUGGUUUCAGAGGCCUUAUAGGCAGUCUACUUUUAGUCUAGAUUGUUGUUAUUAUUGUUAUUGUUGUUGUUCUUUAUAAAUUCCCAAGGAAUUGUUAACACAUUGGUGACACCUAAUGGAUUCCUUUUGAAAUUCCAAGGUGCUUCAGUUCUUUGCCUCUUACGUGAACUGUGCCUUUUAUUGCAUUAUCUGUUUCUUCUUGGUGGCUCAGUAGACUCAUCAGAGUAUGCCCAUGCUGUUGGAGACAGGGUCUGGUGUUGGUGGUGCUGGGCCCCAUAAACUACCAAAACAAUCAGAUCUUCCCAAGCUUUUAAGGAAAGUUGGGGGUGGGGUGGGGCUAGAACUAGCUAUAAAAUAUGUAUGGCACAUCUUGUUUAAUUUUGCAUGUGACUUCUUUCUAGUGCAUUGAUGAGGUUUUAGUGACUGUCACCCAACACUGCCUUUAUUAUCAGGGAAUGCCUUCAUGAUUUUGUACUGGUUUUACUAUUCAGCUGAUGGCUUGGGUUCGAGUAUACCAUUGUCAGCCACCUGUUCUUCUAAUUACUCAUCCCAGUAAACUUAGAGUUUGGGAAGCAUUCAUUUCUCAGAUGAAGACACUGUUAGAACCUAAAGUAGCAGCUGAUGGGUAUCUGUGAAUUUUUUUUUUUUUUUUUUUUUUUACUUGAAGUAGAUUGUUGAAAAUGGGCAUCUUCAUCUGUAAUUACCCAGAACCUCACGCACUGUCAUGUGCUCUACAAGUUGCAAUUGGAAAAUGUUUCUGUACUCAGAUUUGGUCAGUUCAUGGUGUUUUGAAGACUGAUGGUUCUCUCCUAAGCACUGGUCCCUGUUUUAAUGUGUAAAAGAAGAAACAAAGCCCUGAAGGCCAAGGCAUCAUUGUACAAAUCCUAAUGCCAAAUGAGCUGAGCUUUGCUGUAAUACUGUUCUCUCUUCACAGUGUGGUAUCACAGGGACGGUGUACAUGACGGGGUCUGUCAGGAGAGCAUUUUAAGUCGCACAAGUAAAAAGUUAUAGUAUUUAUAAUUUUGAUGAGUUUAUUUUUUAUUUUUAUAGGGAAGAUUUUUUUUUCUCCCCUAACAUUGAUUCUGGAAUGACAAAAUUGUUUCCAUUAUUAAAAAUUGAAGUUGUUAGCUGA